ACAAUCCCUGAUCCGGACUCUUGGAGYCUCGGUGCGCUCCUGAUCGGGACUUUGGGAGCGCCGGUGGUGGGUGAGGGGUUAAACUCCGCUCGGUAGUAGGAGGUGGGUGGUACACUGGUACAGGAGCUGAGGAUGGAGCGAUGCUGGUGCGUCGAGCAGAGAGGAGUGAGGUGAGGACGCGUCCGAGGACUGAACAGAUCCGGGAUCCUCCUGCCUGUUUGAUCCUGGAUGGAGCCGCGGACUGGUUUUUGAUCAGCUCGAUCUGAAACGCUCUGACAGCUCGUGGAAGACUCAGGAAAUCGAUAUCUGAGGAUCGAUGCUGUGAACUACUCACAUGCACCUUGCUACAGGCUGACUGCAGAGACUGGAACUGAGAACCAGAACCAGCCUCGAGGAAUCGGUUCUGCGCCUGGAAGUUGGAGAGGGAUUUCUGCAAACUUGCAUCCUUUUUUUUCUAAUCUGAGGUGUGAUAACCUACAUCUGAUCCCAGAGCAGCUCCCUCCUCAGCAUCCCUCAUGGAAAGARCCUGGAUCUGACAGCAUGGGACAAACGCUGGGGUCAUAAAAGCAGAAAAAGAGACGCCUCGUUUCUUAUUUCAAUAAAAACUACUGCGUUCUUCUGCCAUGCUCAAUCAGCCCAGCGUUCAGCUGUGAUGGUAAAUUGUGAAAAGUCUUGGUUUGCUCAAAGUAUCGCGAGAGUCGGCCCUAAGCGCUCCAGGUCACCCAGAAACCGCGGGCGCCACGAGACCCGCGGACGGCGCGCGCCAUGGAUGAUUCUGGGAUCAUCCGAAGACGGAGGCUGCAGAAGGAUCUACCUCUGCCUCGGAAAAGCAGCAGUUGCAGAACCAGUAACCGGAAAAGCCUCAUCCUGACCAGUACAUCUCCCACCCUGCCGAGGCCACACUCCCCCCUGCCUGGACACAUAGGAAGCAGUCCGUUGGACAGUCCGCGUAACUUCUCACCAAGUGGACCCGCUCACUUCUCCUUUGCCUCUUCUCGAAGGGCUGAUGGUCGCAGGUGGUCUUUGGCUUCGCUGCCGUCUUCAGGCUAUGGCACCACCACACCCAGUUCAACGUCGUCCAGCUCGUCUCAGGAGCGUCUGCACCAGCUGCCCUUUCAGCCAACCAUGGAUGAGUUGCAUUUCCUGUCCAAGCACUUCGGCAGCACAGAGAGCAUCACAGACGAUGAUGGGGGGAGACGUUCGCCACAYGUCCGCCCUCGCUCCCGAAGCCUCAGCCCGGGGCGCUCUCCAUCCUGCUAUGACAAUGAAAUAGUGAUGAUGAACCAUGUCUACAAGGAGCGCUUCCCCAAGGCCACAGCUCAGAUGGAGGAGCGGCUGGCAGAGUUCAUCCAGAACUACUCCCCRGAGAACGUUCUACCGCUCGCCGAUGGGGUCCUCAGCUUCAUCCACCAUCAGGUAGCUGAGCUGUCCAGAGACUGCCUGGCCAAAUCACGCGACGGCCUCAUUACCGGCGUUUACUUCCGGGAGCUGCAGGARAACAUGGAGAAGAUGCUGCACGACGCAUACGAGCGCUCAGAGAGUACUGAGCUCACCUUUGUCACUGAGCUUGUCAAAAAGCUCUUCAUCAUCAUUUCUCGUCCUGCCAGRCUACUGGAGUGUUUGGAGUUCAACCCAGAAGAGUUCUACCAUCUACUGGAGGCUGCGGAGGACCACGCCAAAGAGGGGCAGCUAAUGAAAGAAGACAUCCCUCGAUACAUCAUCAGUCAGCUGGGUCUGACCAGAGACCCACUGGAGGAAAUUGUCAGCCUCGACAGCUACGACAGCGAGGGUCCGCACACGCCGGAGACAGACGACUCGACAGAGGGAAAAGGCAGGUCCAUGAAGCCCCCCAGUGAAGAAGACUUUCAGACCAUCAAACUCAUCAGUAAUGGGGCUUAUGGCGCCGUCUAUCUGGUGCGGCACAGAGAGACRCGUCAGCGUUUCGCCAUGAAGAAGAUCAACAAGCAGAACCUGAUACUGAGGAACCAGAUCCAGCAGGCCUUUGUGGAGCGGGACAUCCUCACCUUCGCAGAGAAUCCCUUCGUGGUGUCCAUGUUCUGUUCCUUCGAGACGCGGCGACACCUCUGCAUGGUCAUGGAAUACGUGGAAGGGGGCGACUGUGCCACCUUGUUGAAGAAUAUCGGGGCUCUGCCUGUGGAGCUGGCAAGGAUGUAUUUCGCUGAAACGGUUUUGGCGUUGGAGUACCUGCACAACUACGGCAUCGUUCACAGAGACCUCAAACCUGACAAUCUCCUGAUCACCUCCAUGGGACACAUUAAGCUGACGGACUUUGGUCUGUCGAAGAUGGGACUGAUGAGCCUCACCACCAACCUGUACGAAGGACACAUAGAGAAAGAUGCCCGAGAGUUUCUAGACAAACAGGUUUGCGGGACUCCUGAGUACAUCGCUCCAGAAGUGAUCCUCCGUCAGGGCUAUGGGAAACCUGUGGACUGGUGGGCGAUGGGCAUCAUCCUCUAUGAGUUCCUGGUGGGCUGCGUGCCGUUUUUUGGAGACACUCCUGAGGAGCUGUUUGGACAGGUCAUCACAGAUGAUAUAGUUUGGCCAGGUGGAGACGAGGCUUUGCCUGCAGACGCACAGUCCCUCAUUUCUGCUCUGUUACAGACCAACCCUCUUGUAAGGCUGGGUACAGGUGGAGCGUUCGAGGUGAAGCAGCACUCCUUCUUCUCUGGACUGGACUGGAACAGUUUGCUGAGGCAGAAAGCAGAGUUUGUUCCUCACCUGGAGUCCGAAGAGGACACCAGCUACUUUGACACUCGCUCCGAUCGCUAUCACCACAUCAAUACGUACGACGAGGAUGACACCAAUGAUGAUGAGCCGGUGGAGAUCAGACAGUUCUCCUCUUGCUCUCCUCGCUUCAGUAAGGUGUACAGUAGUAUGGAGCAUCUUUCUCAGCUGGAGCAGAAAGCACCAAACUCUGUGUCCCGUCGGGAGCACAAGGGCCCACGGGAGGACAAGGUGACCAAGAGAGAGAGCCUGGGCAGCUUCAGCAUGAGGGAGAAGAGCUGGAGGACUGGAUCUCCUGAGAUGAAGCGGCUGUCCUGUUCAGAGUCUCUGUACACGGAGGGGGAUGCAAGCCCUCCUCUUGGUGCCCGGCGUCGUUUCUCAGCUUUGAUGGAUACACAUCGCUUUGCCUCCCCACUGGAAGGUGAGCAGGAGUUCUUGUCCCGCCCGAACUUCAUGAAGGUCCGAGGAACCUCGCUGGACGGGAGCACAGUCCCCUCACCGAACCUCCUGGAGCACAGGGUCAAUGUGAAAGAGUUCAGCGGAGCAGACAAACCUUCCAGAACAGGAGAGGCUCCAACCAUGACCUCGGCUGUCACCACAUUAUCUCCAGGUCCGGCUGCAGCCAGUCGUGAUGUGAUCACACCUCUUUAUGACCCUCUGGGACCCCGAGCCACCAAUGACCUGGUCCUGCGCAGGGCACGUCACCAUCAUUUGUCUGGCGAUGGAGAAAAACGCAACUCCAGACAAGGCAACAAGGUCAUCAAGUCCGCCUCUGCCACCGCUCUGUCUGUUAUCAUCCCAUCAGUGGAGCAACACGGUGGUUUUUCUCCAUUGGCCAGCCCCAUGUCCCCCCACUCUUUCUCCUCCAAUCCGUCGUCGCGUGACUCGUCGCCCAGCAGAGACUUCUUCCCUGCAGUCAGUGUCCUUCGCUCCCCGAUCACCAUCCACCGCUCAGGGAAGAAGUACGGCUUUACCCUGCGGGCCAUCAGGGUCUACAUUGGAGAUAGUGACAUCUACAGCGUGCAUCACAUUGUUUGGCAUGUGGAGGAUGGAGGCCCCGCCCAGGAAGCUGGCCUGUGUGCAGGUGACCUCAUCACUCAUGUCAACGGAGAACCUGUCCACGGUUUGGUCCACACUGAAGUAGUCGAACUCAUCCUAAAGAGUGGUAACAAGGUGACUGUGACAACCACGCCUUUUGAGAACACCUCCAUUAAAGUGGGCCCUGCCCGGAAGGCCAGCUACAAGUGUAAGAUGGCCCGACGAAACAAGAAGACGGYGGCCAAGGAAGGUCAGGAGAGCAGCAAGAAGCGCAGCUCCUUGUUUCGUAAGAUCACAAAACAGUCCAACCUCCUCCAYACCAGCCGCAGUCUGUCCUCUUUGAAUCGCUCUCUGUCCUCCAGUGAGAGUCUUCCUGGAUCUCCAACACACAGCCUGUCAGCCCGGUCCCCGACUCAGGGCUACCGCUCCACACCUGAGCCCUCCUACCUGGGUGCUUCAUCCCAGAGCAGCUCUCCAGCCUCCAGCACUCCGAACUCCCCGUCUCCCUCUCAGCACAUGAGGCCCAGCUCCUUGCACGGUCUCUCCCCAAAGCUCCACCGCCAGUAUCGCUCUGCUCGCUGCAAGUCUGCUGGCAACAUCCCGCUGUCCCCCCUGGCCCACACACCUUCCCCGACUCAGUCGUCCCCUCCGCCCUUGCCGGGCCACACUAUAGGAAGCUCCAACACCACCCAGUCCUUCCCUGCCAAGCUCCAUUCCUCUCCCCCGGUGGUCCGCCCCCGGCCCAAGAGCGCCGAGCCCCCGCGGUCGCCUCUUCUCAAGCGAGUGCAAUCGGCGGAGAAGCUGGGCUCGCCUCUGACCCAGUCCAAUUCCACGGGAGGACUGGGGGGUCCGCUGAGGAAGCACAGCCUGGAGGUGCAGCACUCCGAGUACCGCAAAGACGCCUUCCUCUGUGAGCUCGGGCUGCAGAGCCUGUUGGAGACAGAAGGAGAAAAUCUGCCUCCUAAUGCCCCUCCCCUGCCCUCGUCCUCUAUAACCCCAGAGACCGGUGUGCUGAAGCCUGCCAGGAGGCUCGGGAGGCAGGAGUCCCCGCUCAGCAGGGAGACUCUGCUGGCUGGAAGGGAGAGGGAGGAGAAGGAAAGAGGGAGAGACAGGGAGAAGGAGAGCCGAGUCGGAGGAACGGGGUUACAGUCCUCCUUUGCAAGAAAGUCUCAUGCAAGUGAUUUUAACCUGAACUCGCACAGCUCCACACAACGUGAAGAGAACACGAAACCCACAACCCCAACUGGAGGUCCGAGUGGACAAGAGAGAUCAGAGAGGAACUACCAGAGUCUGGAACCAGGAUCCAAAAGUGUGUUACCCAGCAGCAGAAAUACCCAGGUGAAGCAGAUAGGAGGGAAGCCAGAACCAAGACAAGAAGGAGACAAGACCAGAUCUUGUUUACCAACUGCGGUUUUCAACAAAAGCUCGCCUGCUCCAGAAAAAUCCAUCAACUCAGCCGUGGCAGCAUCUCCUCUAAACAUAAACAAACCUUUUAUUAAACCCCCAAGUACAGGAAAUAGUCUAAGAAAGGCCGAUAGCAAUGAUUCAAAGACUCCAGACCUCGGCUCCAAAAGCCCCAAACUCCAAGCUCGGAUCCUUGCUCCUGUGGUCCCCCCACACGGGACGCCUCUCUCGUUGGGCAAAGUGAGGCAGGGCCUGGGCCCCGUCAACUGCUACAGAGGGACUCUGGACUGGGAGGACAAAUGUCGCCUGGAGGUGGUGGAGGAGCACUCGCCUUCCCCCUCCCCAUCGCCGACAGCAGUCACACCCUCUCUCUGCGGACCCUCCCUGUGUAAGUCGCGGCCCGUUUCCCCCGGGGACAAGACGAGCUUCGUCAGCCAGCUGACCACCGUGGCCAAGAACGUCCUCGGGCCGAUCAAGCUCGUCUCUCAGGAAGGAGCCAAGAGCAAAGAGCCGCCAGGUAAAGCAUCGGAGGAGAAGCAGGGAAGCACAACUGGGAAGUUGGACUCUCCAGCCGGGGCUCGGGUGGCUUCGGGGGGUGCAGUGGUGACUCAGAGUCCUUCCAGCUCCCUGCUGGAGAGAGCUGCAACAGGUGGCAGCCUUCCCAAAAUGUGACCCCAUGGGUUCUUUUAAUCAGACUUUGAUAAUAUACAAACAAAUGAAUAAAUGUCUUUUUGCUUGGAAGAACAAUAAAAGAGAAGACAAGCACUUAAAAACCAA